AUGCAUCCAAGCGCCGGGAAUGGAGGCGGAAUACCGUGCCAAGAGCGCGGGGUCGGUCGGCGUCCACCGCUGCCAGCGUCGGGUAAGGUUCAGGCAGGAGAUAAGAAGGAUGCCUUUGUGAGGGGCGAGGGCCCGAAGGGAACCACAAGAAACACGGCAGCCGACCGGACGUGUCUUCGGCCACAACAAAGAUGGCGACCGACCGGAAGUGGCUGCGGCCACAACAAAGAUGGCCGCAAGAAAGGGCGGGAAAUGAAGGACCAAGGUCCGUGUUUGGGCUGCCUGCCCGCGCCCCGAGCCGUUCUCCGCGGCAUUGCCAGGCGUGCGGACACGGGCCGUGCGCCCAGCGGCACCGCGGGCACGCCGGAGCCCGGCGGGCGCCGGCAGGCAGCUGCGGCACGCCUCUCUCUGCCGGGCUCCGCCUCAGGAACGACCCUUCCCGUCUCCAGUCUGUGUUCCCUCCCGGCUCCCCUCCCGCCCGGGGAAACGGAGGAAAACACAAAUAACAUCGAGGAAGAAAGAACAGCCUGCAGAGCUGCCCGAGCCAUCGCCCUGCCCGCAGCCGGGAGCAGCCAGCAGGAGGAGGCAGCUGCUUUCUCAGCCAGAAAGAGAUUCAGCUGUGGGGAAGCUGCAGAGAAGGCUGCCUGGCACAGCCCCCCAGAAUGGGCCUCCCCCGACUGGGCUCCCGCAGAGGAUGGGGCAGUUGCAGCCCCCUGUCAUUCCUGUGAGAUUUGGGACUGUCUCCAUGCAGGAAGCAGCACAGGGGACUGGCCGAAGGGCUCGGGCUGGGACACGGCCCCAACAGGAGCAGCCCUGGCACACUGACACGGGAGGAUGAGCCCAGGUGAGGAGCACGGGCCCAGCGUGGCACCAAGACAGGCAUCUCCUGUGGGUUAUGUGGGGCUGUGCUGUGCACCCUGGGGGUGCUGACUGACCCCCUUUGUGCUGAGACAGAGGAGAUGCUGCUGCACCACGUCCCCAGGAGAGCCCCUGCCUCCUUCUGCUCUCAGGGAUGGGACUGGGAGACGCCUCCACGCCGAGAGUGGCACUUGGCAUGGCUUCAGUCCCCAGUGGAAGAGGCUGGGCUCCCCGCUGCCCAGAGCUCCUGGUUAGGGACACCCACGCCUGCGCCUGGCUCAGAGUCCAGGGUGCACUCAGUCCGGAUCCAGCCUCGAGAUAUUCCUGCUGCAG